AAAAAAAAAUAACAGAUUAAUGGGUGGAGCCUGGCACAUAAAAAGAGUUUGGGCAGCUGUGUGGUUACAGGUGUUCCUGGUUGGCCAUCAUGAAGACACUGGAGAUCCUGACCGCUGUAGCUCUCUUCCUGGGGGCCACCUCAGCAGCUUCGCUGGGAGUGGUGACCACAGAGGGAGGUAGGGUGCAGGGCAAGAACCAUAAAGUUGGACUCUUCCGAUCCAUGGACGUGUUCAAGGGAAUACCCUUUGGGGACCCGCCGGGGGUAUUUGAGAAACCCAAACCACAUCCUGGCUGGGAUGGCAUUCUCAAGGCGACUGAGUACGCGCCCAGGUGUCUCCAGGUGAAUUUGCUCCAGAGUGACACUCGAGGCAGCGUGAACUGUCUUUACCUAAACAUCUGGGUCCCUCAUGGCUCAAAAGUGUCCUUCGGUAUGCCAGUCAUGGUGUGGAUCUAUGGAGGUGGCUUCCUGGUUGGUGGAUCCAUGGGUGCUAACUUCCUGGACAACUACCUGUAUGACGGAGAGGAGAUUGCAGACAGGGGCAAUGUUAUCGUGGUGACCCUGAACUAUCGAGUGGGUAUCCUGGGGUUCCUCAGCUCUGGAGACGCCAGCGGACCUGGGAACUAUGGGCUUUGGGACCAGCAUGCUGCCAUUUCUUGGGUGCACAGGAACAUCCGUAACUUUGGAGGAGACCCCGACAACAUCACCCUCUUUGGAGAAUCUGCCGGUGGAGCUAGUGUCAGCUUCCAGAUGGUUUCUCCCCACAACAAGGGGCUGAUCAAAAGAGCCAUCAGCCAGAGUGGUGUUUCAGUCUGUCCCUGGGCCGUCAACAGGAACCCUCGUGCUCUGGCUGAGCAGGUUGCUCAGAGAGUGGCCUGCCCAACUGAUGACCAGAUGAUGGCUUGCCUGAGGAUGACUGACCCUGUGACCCUAACCCUUGCUGCACACCUCAACAUACAAGGAUCACCCUCCAAUCCCAUUGUGCAGAACCUGGCCCUCGCAGGAGUGAUAGACGGAGACUUCCUCCCUGAUGAUCCAGCCAAUCUGUUCCACAAUGCUGCCGAUAUUGACUACAUUGGUGGGGUCAACGACAUGGAUGGUCACCUCUUUGCUGGCAUGGACAUCGGCUCCAUCAACCAGCCCCUGCAGGACACCCCCGUGGAGGAUGUGAAGACCCUCCUGGGUGCCCUCACUAAGGAGAAGGGACAGGCUGCUGUGGACAGCUCUUUCAGGCUGUACACCUUGAACUGGGGCAACAAGCCCAGCCAGGAGUCGAUCAAAAAGACUGUGGUGGAAAUCGAGACAGACUACAUCUUCUUGGUGCCUACCCAGGUGUCUCUCUACCUGCACGCAUCCAAUGCCACGACUGCUCACACCUACUCCUAUGUGCUCUCUGAGCCCAGCCGUAUGGCUGGUUUGCUCAAGCCUUACCCAAGCUGGAUGGGGGCAGACCACGCUGAUGACCUGCAGUACGUGUUCGGCAAGCCCUUCACAACGCCUCUUGCCUACUGGCCCAAAUACCGCGACUUGUCCAGAUACAUGAUCGCCUACUGGACUAACUUCGCCCAGACUGGGGACCCUAACAAGGGGGAGUCCAAGGUACCAGUGACCUGGCCAGUGUUCACCAGCGCUGGGGACCCCUAUCUGGAGAUCCACUCUAACAUGAAUAAAAACUACGUGAAGCAGAAGUUGAGGUUGCGCCAUGUCCACUGGUGGUCCAGCAUUUACCCCAGCCUGCCCACAGUCCAGACCUCAGAGUAGAUCACAGGAACAUCCUCAAUACCCUAGCCUCCCCACAGU